AUGUGUGGAAGAAUUAGCCUUUGUUCCUUCUUCCCUCCAAUGAAGCCUUUGAAAUUCUCUUUCCUUUUGUUUGUUUUUAUUUUUUUCUUUUUUGGUUGUUCUUGGUCACUGCCGCUGGAUUCUUUGAUCGUCAACUCAACAAUUCAACACCGGAAUUACACAGCAAUAUCAAAGUUUAGAGUAGUGAAUAGAAGAGCUUUAUUGGAUUGUCCUGUCAAGAACCCUUUUCUCCGUAUUAAUGUUAGUUCAGGUUCCAAUAUGCUUUCUGAUGAAGAAUUUGUCACAGUAACUGUUAGUGGCGUUUUGCGUCCGUCCAAGGGUCACUGGGUUGCCAUGAUCUCACCUUCUCAUUCUGAUGUUGCAGGAUGUCUCUUGAAUGGUUUUCUUUAUGCACAAACUGGUGAUCUUAGCAAUCUUCCUCUUCUAUGCCAUUAUCCCGUUAAGGCACAGUGGAUGAGCAAUGAUCCAGAUUAUCUAAGUUGCAAGAAGAAGGAAUGCAUGAAAUAUAACAAUGAAGGGACAUGUGAGAUUAGUGGUUGCAGUGGUGCAAUAACAUUUCAUGUCAUUAACAUCAGAACUGACAUUGAAUUUGUGUUGUUUGCCGGUGGCUUCGAUAUACCUUGCAUUUUGAGUAGAACUUCUCCUCUCAGUUUCGCUGAUCCUAAAGCCCCUUUACAUGGACAUCUCUCCACCAUUGAUUCCACCGGAACGUCGAUAAAAUUAAGAUGGGUUAGUGGGGAUAAAGAACCUCAACAAGUAGAAUACGGAGAUGGAAAAACACUGACAUCACAAGUUUCUACAUUUACACAAGAUAAUAUGUGUAGCUCCGUUUUGCCAAGUCCAGCCAAGGAUUUUGGGUGGCAUGAUCCUGGAUUUAUUCAUUCAGCAGUCAUGACAGGGCUUCAGCCUUCAUCUACCUUCUCCUACAGAUAUGGAAGUAAAUCAGUUGGUUGGAGUAAGCAAAUCAAGUUCCGGACUCCACCUGCUGGAGGAUCAAAUGAACUCAAGUUUCUUGCAUAUGGUGAUAUGGGAAAAGCUCCUCGUGAUGCUUCUACUGAACACUACAUACAGCCAGGAUCUCUCUCAGUGAUAAAAGCCAUGGCUGAAGAAAUAGAUAAUGGCAAUGUAGACUCGAUCUUCCACAUUGGAGACAUAAGCUAUGCAACAGGCUUCUUGGUGGAAUGGGACUAUUUCCUCCAUCUCAUAAGCCCUGUGGCUUCAAGAGUUCCUUACAUGACUGCAAUUGGAAACCAUGAGAGGGAUUACAUAGACUCAGGAUCAGUGUACAUUACUCCUGAUUCAGGCGGAGAAUGUGGAGUUCCUUAUGAGACAUAUUUUCCAAUGCCAACUCCAGAAAAGGAUAAGCCAUGGUAUUCCAUUGAACAAGGUCCUGUUCACUUCACAGUGAUAUCAACUGAGCAUGAUUGGUCACUCAAUUCUGAACAGUAUCAAUGGAUGAAAAAGGAUAUGGCUUCGGUCGAUCGAUCAAAAACCCCCUGGUUAAUUUUUACAGGGCACAGGCCAAUGUAUUCUUCUUCUGGUGGACUGCUGAAUGUGGAUAAGUUCUUUGUUCAUGAGGUGGAACCAUUACUUCUUCAAAGCAAGGUUGAUCUGGUGCUCUUCGGCCAUGUUCAUAAUUAUGAGAGAACCUGCUCAGUUUUUCAAAGUAUUUGCCUCGCCAUGCCUACAAAAGAUGCAAACGGGACAGACACAUACGAUCAUAGUAAUUACAAAGCACCAGUACAAGCUGUAAUUGGCAUGGCAGGCUUCAAAUUGGACAAGUUCACAAACAAUGAGAUCUGGAGUUUGUCAAGGAUAUCGAAAUUCGGGUACCUAAGAGGUCAUGCUACAAAGGAAGAGAUGAAAUUAGAGUUUGUAGAUGCAGAAACAAGAAAAGUUGGAGAUAGUUUCCGAAUUAUUAAGAGAUAAAUUAAAUAGAUAGAUGAAUAUACAGAUAAAAAGUGGAAGAGAUGGGAUUUACAGGAACUCCAUCCAUAGACAUCAUGUAAUCUCUCUGUUAAUACUCAAUAAAUUAUAAUGCAAAUUUU